AUGACUAAAACUCGAGGGGACUUCAAGCUGAGAGUGAGAGAAGGCGAAUUCACCGAUUCGCAGAUUAUAGUUAUGUUGGGAGAGAAUGGAACUGGGAAAUCGACAUUUAUCAAAAUGCUUGCCGGUUUAAAGCCUGACGUUGAAGAAGGAUCCGAAGAACUCGAGAUGCCACAGUUCUCUGUUUCUUACAAGCCUCAAGAUAUACCACAUACUGAGUUAGAGUUUACGGUUCAACAGUUGAUACACACGAAGAUUCCUAACGCAUUUAAGGAACCCCAAUUUGAGUCAAUCGUUAUGAAACGGCUCAAUAUCGAGGAGCUCAUGGAUAGAGUCUUCAAAGAACUUUCCGGUGGAGAGAAACAAAGGGUUGUUUUAGCUUUGUGCCUUGGGAAAUCAGCGAGUAUCUACUUGAUUGAUGAACCGAGCGCGUUUCUUGAUUCCGAGCAGCGUAUUAUAGCUUCCCAAGUGAUAAAAAAAUUCAUCCUUAACGCGAAGAAGACAGCUUUUGUGGUCGAACAUGAUUUCACAAUGGCGACGUAUCUGGCAGAUAAAGUCAUCGUGUUUGAAGGAGAUCCUUCCGUGGAUUGCACGGCAAGUUCUCCACAGUCUUUACGGAGUGGAAUGAAUUUGUUCUUGUCUCAUUUAAACAUUACUUUCAGAAGAGAUCCUACAAACUUCAGACCAAGAAUCAACAAACUCGAUUCGAUCAAGGAUAGAGAGCAGAAGAUGGCCGGAUGCUAUUACUAUUUGGAUGAUUGA